AUGGCAGCCAUGGAAGAACUAGGCACGCAAUUGCAGUCAUUACAGGCCCUCAAGCCGCCGGGCGUCACGCCCACCAAGAUCAAGGCUAUCACGCAGCUGUGCGUCGACAACAUUCAGUCUCACUCCGUAAUCGUCCAAAAGAUCGCCCAGCAGCUCCAGAACAGCGUCGCCACACACAAGCUCGGAGUACUAUACGUCGUAGAUGCAGUCGCCCGCCAAUGGGUUGAGAGGGCUAAGCAGGCUGGCCAGGCUGUGUCAAAGAACGCGGCGCAAGGAACCUAUGCUUCGGGUGUGCAGAUGAUGCGAGACGUGCUUCCGGCCAUGAUGCACAAUUUGAUUCAAUCUGCACCAGAGACACAAAAAGAGAAGAUCUCGAAACUCCUAGACAUCUGGGAGCGCGGUCAGACCUUUCCACAUGACAUGCUCGCCGGCUUCAAGCAGCAGCUGAAUGGAGGCCAAAACAAUGCAUCAGCACCUCCAGAGCCACCUAAGAGUAACGGCACAGUACCAGUAUUCAACGGGCACACUAACCAGCAGCCAACACCCCCUGUAGCUCUGCCACAACCUCCACAAGACCCGGGUGCUCUUUUCGCUGCGCUCGCUGGCGUCGGUCAGCAGAAUGGGCAAACUAACCCUCCACCUGCAGCAGCUUCUGCGUUUCCUUUUCAACAGAACAUGGUACCGCCACCACCCCCUGGCUUCGUGCCUCCGCCACCUGCUGGGGCAAUGGGGCAGCCUAACAUGCCUGUUCCCCCCGCUGGUACGAAUGAGAUCGUGACUCAGAUUCUAAAGGCUAUGAGCGCUGGCUCCAUCCAACCCGACCAAGCAAUACAGGCACUGAAUACGUUGGCUAUGGCCCAGAAUGGCGGAAUGCCUAUGCCACCAAUGCAGCUCCCGGCUGUUGCGCAGACACCGCCACAGGUUCAGCCUGCUGCGCAGAACGGUAACCAGGGAGACAGAUAUGACCUGAACGACAGUAGAAUGCGCGACCGUAGCAGAUCGCCCGACUAUCAACGUCGACGAUCGCCCGUGCCUAGAUCUCCACCAAACCCAAAUCGGCGGGAAAGUCCGACAUAUGGUACUUACGACCCCAAUGCAGGUCCCGAGGGCAAUGCACAACGCUUUGAGCGAGGUGAGCGCGGUCGUGGUCGUGGUAAACAGAGGGGUGGUCGUAAUGAUCGUAAUGAGUAUCGCCAGCGGUCACCGCCGCGACGACAGCCGAGCCCGCCUAGGGCAGCGUAUGGCCAGUCGAAGUAUAUCGAGUGGGAUGAAACUUUGCCGCGCGAUCACAUCAGAGUCCUCAGCCGUACAUUAUUUGUAGGUGGUGCUGGCGGAACUGAAGGUGAGAUCCGAAGCAUAUUCGCUCGUUUUGGUAGAGUCCAAACAUGUAUUGUCAACCAGGAUAAGCGACACGCUUUCGUCAAGAUGUUGACCCGUCCGGAUGCCGUUGCCGCCAAGCAAGGUAUGGACACCCUCCAGGAUCCCGCUGCACAGUCCAAAGCGCGCCAGACCCGAUGGGGUGUCGGCUUUGGGCCCCGUGACUGCAGUGAUUACACCACUGGCAUUAGUGUAGUUCCCAUCUCUCGUCUUACAGAUGCUGAUCGCAAGUGGGCUUUGACCGCUGAGCAUGGUGGAACAGGUGGUCGCCCACUAGAGGGAGGUAUGGUGAUCGAGGAGCCGGACAUCGAGAUAGGUGCAGGUGUUUCCUCAAAGGCUAUCAGUCGGCGUGUACCAACUGACGUGCCUCGCGGAGGUCGUGGAGGCUUCGGCAACCGAGGUGACUUCAAUGCACGUGGAGACCAUGGCGGACGUGGUAACUUCAACCAACGGAAUGACUUCAAUGAGCGUGCAGACUUCGGCCGCAACGAGUUCGCUGGUAACGGCGGGCGCGGUGGUUUUGACAACAACGGCCCGGCCAAGUUCCGCAAGCAAGAUCAUCGUCCCGUCAACGACCCACGCCACAUAUCGCCUCGACCUGAACAAGGUGUUGCCGUUCCACCCGCCGUCCCUGGCUUCGGAUUCCAGCUUCCAGGCUUCUCAUGA